GUUAUAGAGUGCAAGAGAGAGUCUGUGCACACUGGAAUACUAGAAAACAGCCAUGAGCAGUUUCUCCUUUUCUCUUCAUCUGCUGCUUGUGCUUGUCCUUUACACAACAGAUACUUGGGGCCGCAAUCAAGAGGAACGCCUCAUCCAGCACCUGUUCAAGGAGCGUGCGUACAACAAGGAGCUCCGACCGGUCCAAAACAAAGAUGAUGUGGUGAAAGUCUACCUUGCCCUUACGCUCUCCAACCUCAUCUCGCUGAAAGAAGUAGAUGAGACUCUCCUUACAAAUGUAUGGAUGGAACAUGGUUGGUAUGAUGACAGGCUGUCAUGGAAUGCCUCAGAUUUUGAUAACAUCUCAGUUCUGCGUCUACCACCUCAGAUGGUCUGGUUACCAGAGAUAGUUUUGGAAAAUAAUAAUGAUGGACAGUUCCAAGUGGCCUAUUACAGUAAUGUCUUGAUCUACCCUAAUGGAUAUAUGUACUGGCUCCCACCUGCAAUUUUCCGUAGUUCCUGUGCCAUAAAUGUCAACUUUUUCCCCUUUGACUGGCAGAACUGCUCCUUGAAGUUCAGCUCUCUAACCUACAACGCCAAGGAGAUCAGCAUGCAUCUAAAAAGGGAAGCAGACCCCGAAACAAACAAGAGUUAUGAAGUGGAGUGGAUCAUCAUCGACCCUGCUGGUUUUACAGAAAAUGGUGAGUGGGAGAUUAUCCACAAACCAGCCAGGAAGAACAUUCACAAAGAUGUCCCUCCUGAGAGCUGCAAACACCAGGAUAUUACCUUCUACCUCAUUAUCAAGCGGAAACCCCUGUUUUAUAUCAUCAACAUCAUUACUCCCUGCGUCCUCAUUUCAUUCAUGGCUUCACUAGUCUACUACCUCCCUGCAGACAGUGGGGAGAAGAUGACCUUGUCAAUCUCCGUGCUGCUUGCCCAGUCUGUCUUUCUGCUUCUGGUUUCGCAGCGUCUGCCUGAGACAUCUCUUGCCAUCCCCCUCAUUGUCAAGUACCUAAUGUUUAUCAUGCUGAUAGUCACAGUGGUGGUCCUGAAUUGUGUUAUAGUCCUGAACCUGCACUUCCGAACUCCCAGCACUCACAUCAUGUCAGAUUGGACCAAAGAGUUCUUCCUGGAGAGGCUGCCAAGAAUCCUGCGUAUGUCCAGGCCGGCAGAGAGCGAGUCCCAUUGGGAGGGAGCCCUGCCACGGCGCUCCAGCUCUGUGGGGUACAUUGCCAAGGCUGAGGAGUACUACAGCGUGAAGUCCCGCAGCGAGCUCAUGUUUGAGAAGCAAUCUGAAAGGCAUGGGCUGACCCCCCGGUCCACACCUGCUGCAGUCUACAAAUCAAGCAACGAAGCUGAUGUUGCUGAUCAGUUAUAUGCUGAAAUCAGGCCUGCAGUGGAUGGUGCCAAUUAUAUUGUCAAGCACAUGCGGGACAAAAAUGACUACAAUGAAGAAAAGGACAAUUGGAGUGGGAUAGCCAGGACAGUUGACAGACUUUGCCUCUUCAUUGUGACCCCUGUAAUGACCCUUGGGACCUUGUUCAUAUUCCUGACGGGGACGUACAACCAUCCGCCCCCCCUUCCUUUUGAAGGGGACCCUUACAACUACCUGGAAGAGAACAAGCGUUUCAUCUGAUGGCCUCCUCCCUUUUAGCCAGUUGUCUCCAUCUCCUGUCUUCUUGAAACGGUCGUUCUUUGGAACGAAAUGUGGUGGUCAGUGUCCAGCCAAUACAAGAGCAUGUACAUUUUUUUUUCACAGAUAGAGAUUUUUUAACAGUUCGAGUUGAACCAUUCUUUGAAUGAGUUCAAUUUUCAUGGGUUCCCCAAUACUUUGCUGAUGACCAAAUCCAAAUCGUACUGACAGACACAUGUGGUUGAACAGCAGAAACAACACUGUGUGCUACAGAGGCACUGCAGCAGGCCAGUUAAAGUUACUUUACUUGAUUCAAGGAGUUCAUGAGGUAUGUUUCGUGAGACAUUAAAUAAAAAGCAUAUGCUGCUGGUUUCAUAAUAGAUCUGUGGCAUUUUGAUGCAUUUCCAUACACAGUAUGUUUAAAUUAAUGUCUUGAGCCCUAUUUGUGCCAACAAUGUAUCAAUAUUAAAUAUGACCUGUGUGCUCUUGUGCUCAACUUGUUAAUUUCAUUGAAGGAAACACAGGCUGCUGUUCUUCAUCACUUCUUCACUAUUACACUGUGCCAAGAGAAAACAAUAAAAUUUGGUAUCAACAAAAAUAAUUAUUUUGCAAGUAUUAAGUUUGUUUUGCCAAAUUCAGUAUAUUAUGUAUCGUCUUGUCCCUUCUUUUUUAUCAUCCAUUAUUUUGUAGCAUUUCAGAUGAUGACUGACGUCCUGGAAGCAAGAUAAAGUAAAUAUUUUUCAUGCUGUUAAAAGUUUUUCAUUCCAGGCUGGGGGGUUUCCAUAGCUAUUUAGCCUGGAACAUUUUGAUCUGAUGAUCUAAUACCAAGAUAUUCUGCUAUCAAAAAGAUAUAAGUUUUAUAUAAAAAUAUAAUUUCUCUCCCACAGGUUAGUCGGUCAUAAACAUGAGGUCAAUUUUACUGCCCAGCAAAAAUGAAGUAGACACUGCAAUUACAUUAAGCAGUCAUGACCUGGAAACAUUGGUAUUUUGUUCUGAUUUAGCAGUCUGUUAUGGUUGAAUUAUUUUUUGUAAAAUUUGCCUUUUCCUUUGGUUUAAUUUAAUUAUUGUGCUUGCAGAAGGACUUCCCAGCCUUUAGUCCAUAAU